AUGGCAUGUCUUGCCCCGCUCAAUUUGAACGUCACUCACCCAUCCCUGGACAUCCUGCACCUUACUCUCCGUGCGUCCCUCCAACGUCUUGAUCAUCUUGAGAACAGCAGAGUUGUUCGUCGGCCACAUCAGCUCCGCAAGGAGGUGGUGGUCAUCACAGCAAAAGCAACGACGCGCAUUGAAAACUGGACGGUCGUAGCAAUGCUCACGUCGCUAGCCAAAGCAGCCUGCUACGCGCUGGGAGGCUACUCUACCUUCAAGGCCCUGAACGGCAAGGCCUCUCUAGGGAAGAAGCAGCGUUGGGCUUGCUUUUGGAUUGUGUUGAUUGCGCUGGAGGGAGUGGAGUAUCUGGCGGAUAGGGUGGUGUUCUGGGCCCCUUUCUACGACCACAUAAAACUCGCCUUCAUCCUCUCGCUCUGCUACUGGCGCACCAAAGCAACUACCCCGAUAUUUAAGUGGUACAUUCAUCCCAUACUCUCCGGGCAGCAGAAACGGAUUACAUAUGUGGAGACCCAAAUACUGGACGCUUGGAUGAGCGUUAGCAGCCGAUUGGACCGUGUCAUUCUCCGACACAUUCCAACGAAAUGGCCGAACUGGCAGGCUUUCCAAGCAGUCGUAGAACCUCUCCAUCUCGAAUCUGACGACGACAGCCAGCAGCAGCAGCGCAUAAGCCAAACGUCCAAUCCCAACCGUCAGCAAAGACCCCCAUCACCACCGCUCCCAGCACCAUCCGUGCUCUCCCUUGCCUCCGAUAUGAGUUUUGACCAUGAGGACAGGGGCGACGAUUUGAAAGAAGGCGCUGCAGAGCGGGAAGGCAAUGAGGCAGGGUCGUCUGAUGACGAAGGUUGGGAAGAGAUAUCCGCCUCGUUUGAAGCUACGCCGGCAUCAUUCGGUGCAUUAUCCCCCGUCACAAACGCACCAAACACAACAGACCCAUCCCAUUUCCCAUCCCCACGACCACCAUCAACAGCCAACCCACCAAUAACCCACGACACGUCCUUGUCAACCACUUCCGAAUCCUUCGGCCUGCCCACAUCCACACUGGAUGACCUUGCCGCCGAGCCGCUCGACGAGCUUGAAAUCGAUGACGACUAUACACGCCAUGACGACGCGCCGGCGAGCCCUACGUCUCGGCAUAGCGGGUCGCCCCCCCGUCUGACAUCGAUAUAUGAGAAGACUGUUGCGGGAAUGCGGAUGGAUCGGCGAGGUGUGUCAAAAUCUCGGUCUCGUUCACGGUCAAGAUCUCGGUCCCGGUCGCCACAUGGUGGGCGAGGUAGCACGAGUUUACGGAAAUCGAUCUCUGUCACGCAGAUGGGCGGGGAGAAUGAGUCCGGUCUGGGUAUCGGAUCUGCCACGCCGAGACCACCGGAGGGGGAUAUGGGUGGGGAUGCGUUACGAAGGGUGGUCAGGCCGACAACAGCGGGCAGGGGUCGCACGGUGUUGUCGUCGUUGAGGGCUGCGAGGAAAGGCGGAGGUGGUGCUGGGGACUUGGGCUUGUGA